AAAAAUAGGAAUGAUCGUACAAACGUUUUGCGUUGUUUUAAAAUUGUCCCUUAUCUUAAAUAUUUAAGUAAUAUUUAGGACUGAUAAUAUAAUUAACAAUGUUUCGAAGCUCUAUACGUCUUAUAAAAUCAGGAAAAAGAUGUGUGCCUGCUGUAAAUAGCUUAGCAACAAUGAGCAGGCCUCAUGUAAAAAACUUUAGUGUCCUUUGCAACAGUGCAGUAACGCACAAAUGUAAUGAUAAAACAAGACCACUGCUUAACAAGAAUGAUUGCCGCACUAUGUUUGUACAAACACAAGAAACGCCAAACCCAAACAGUUUAAAAUUUCUGCCUGGCACUAAAGUUUUGGAACCUGGACAGACUCUAGAUUUUCCUAAUAUUGGUGCAGCACAAUGCAGUCCUCUAGCAAAAAUGUUAUUCCGCAUUGAGGGUGUUAAAGCAGUUUUCUUUGGAUCUGAAUUUAUAACAGUCACUAAGCAAGAUGAUGAUGUUGAAUGGAAAAUACUGAAACCAGAAAUAUUUGCAACAAUAAUGGACUUCUUCGCCAGCGGACUCCCUGUAGUGACUGAUGCUAAACCAUCUGGUGACACCCAAAUAAAUGAGGAUGACGAUGAGAUAGUUCAAAUGAUCAAAGAGCUUCUGGACACACGCAUACGGCCAACAGUCCAAGAGGAUGGUGGAGACGUGUUGUUUGUUGACUUCAAGGAUGGAGUACUGAGGCUCAAGAUGCAAGGGUCUUGCUCAUCAUGUCCUAGUUCAAUAGUCACCCUUAAGAACGGGGUGCAGAAUAUGAUGCAGUUUUACAUCCCUGAGGUGCUAGCAGUCGAACAAAUUGAUGAUGAAGGCGAAAAACUUAGUGAGAAAGUAUUCAAGGAGUUUGAAAACCUUAAGAAAAAUGAAAAGACGGAAUAAAAAUAAUAUAAUUAUACUUAAUAGUUUGUUAAAAUAAAAUAUAAGUAGAUUUAUUUCUUAUUUAUGAUCAUUGUUUUAUAAUUUUAU